AUGAGUGAUAAAGAGCCACUAUUAAAAAAACACAACAAAUUACUUAAUGACAAUGAUAGCGACAAUGAAAAGAAAAGUUUUUCUGAGUGGCGACAAUAUUUCAAUCAGCAAAAGACUGAUGCUAGAAAUAAAAAGUUAGAUGAUGAGAUCAAUGAUACUACGAAAGAUAUUCCAGUCGGUGUUUUACAAUUGUUUCGAUUUGCUGAUUGUAUUGAUAUUCUUCUUAUGAUUAUUACUCUGUUUUUCUUAUUAUUGCAUUGUGUUUGUGUUCUUGGGAAUGUAAUUCUUUUUGGUCGAAUCACGGGAUUAUUUGCUACUACAUCAUUUGCUGUUGAUUGUGAUAAUCAAAAUCAAAAUAUAGCAUCUACAAUUAUCAAUAAUACUGUAUGUCCUUUUAGUAUUGAUCUUAAUCCAUUAAAUUAUGAUCGAUUACAUAAAUUAUGCCAUUAUGAUAAUAACACUAUUUCAUCCACAUUAGCUCCAUCAACGCCUUUAUUUCAUGACAAUGUUAUGCAUCUAGUUUAUUUAUUCUUCGGUUUAGGUAUUCUUGUAUUUCUAUGUGCUUCGCUUGAAUAUAUCUGUUGGACAAUUGCUACGAAACGCCAAACAUCUCGCAUGAGUGUUUUACUCUUUCGAUCACUUAUUCAACGUGUAAGUCAAAAUUGA